GAGCUGGGAGGAGGAGGCGGAGCAGAAGCGGAGGAGGAGAGGCAGGAGUAGGAGCGACUCCUUGACCACUUCCAGAGUUUUGAGGGAAACGGAGCUGGAAGGAAGGAGGCUGCUGACGGCUGCUGCUUGAGGCUGAGCUCUUCAAAACUGCUGAAAGUUGUGCUGUACAGUGCACAGAAUGAAACGAAACUGUUGGCGAGGCAGAAUCUGCUGGCGAGACAAUCGAAGGCCAGGUCCCAAUCAGACUUGGAGGAUACGCCACCGCUGGACUUCUUCAUCAAGGCUAGGACAAGAACCACCACUGCACCCAGACACUGGCGAAGAUGAAUCUCCCUCCUCUGCAUUAUCUGAAAUACUCUCGAACUUGCCACCACCUGAAUUACCAGGAUUUUACUACGAUCCUGAAAGGAACCGCUACUUUCGCUUGCUUCCUGGGCAUAACAACAGCAACCCUCUCACCAAUGAGAGUAUUCAGCACAGAAGGAUGGAGAGUCAAAGGCUAAAGCUCUUGGAGGAGGAGGAGAAAUGCAUGAAGAAAGCAUCCAGGUCUGGGCUGAACUCUUCAAUCGUUUUACGCAAGAGGCAGUUAGGUUUGCCUAGCUCUAUCAACUAUCGCAGGUCAAUCCAUGAAUUAAAAGUGAAUUGCAUGCAGAGAAGGAAAUUGGAAAUUGAGACCCCAGAUUCCUCUAUUUGUGGAAGCAACAAUUUUAAAUUGAUAAUGGCAGACAGUGCCUCUGAAAGAAUAUUCACUGUGAAUGAUGUGGAGCAUGGAGGAUGUAAAUGUGGUAUUGUCAACCUCAGUGGUCUGGGGAAGAAUACUCUUACUGUGGAAAUGUACGACAACCUGUAUUUUACAAACCGCAAGGUGAAUUCUGUGUGUUGGGCCUCGCUAAGUCAUCCGGAUUCCCAUGUGUUGCUGUGCCUCAUGGGCAUUGCAGAAACUCUCGGCUGUGCCAGCCUGCUUCCAGCAUCUUUGUUCAAUAACUCUAAUGCAGGAGACCAGCCUGGAAUGUUGUGCAGCUUCAAGAUCUCCACAGCCUGGUCCUGUGCUUGGUGCCUGAAUCCUCAGGCUAAUAAUUACUUUAGCACAGGUUUAAGUCAACAAGUCCAUGUGACCAAUGCAGUGACUGGUCAUCGUCAGAUAUUUUCUAUCAGCAGUGAUGCUCUCGCACAGCAGUUUGCCACCCAGGCUCCAGUGCUGUAUAAUGGCUGCCGUUCAGGGGAGAUUUUCAGCAUUGAUAUCCGCCGCCCCAUGAAUACAGGGCAAGGGCUGAAAAGCCUUCGGCUGUUUCAUGACUCUGCAGUCACAUCUGUGAAUCUUCUGAAGGAUGAACAGUACCUCUUGGCUGCAGACAUGGCAGGCCGGAUAAAACUCUGGGAUCUGAGAAAACUAAAAUGUGUAAAAGAGUAUCACGGUCAUCACAAUGAACACAGCAUUCUGCCUUUGCAUGUCAAUGAGGAGGAAGGGCUUCUUACAGCAGUGGGUCAGGAUUGUUAUACCCGAAUUUGGAGUCUCCAAGACGCUCAUUUGCUACGGACUAUCCCUUCUCCACAUCCAUUUUCCACUGACUCCAUCCCAAGUGUGGAGUUUUCAUCCCACCUUGGAGGCUCCCGAGGGGUUCCCGGCUUGCUUAUGGCUGUCAAGCAGGAUCUCCAUUAUUUCUCCUAUAAAACAGACGAUCCAUAUUGUCUGCCUGCCAAAGAAGCGGACAAUUCCACUCCACCUCAGUGAUGGAGAACAAAAAUGUGGAGGCUGUCUGCCCUGCAUAUUGGUGUAUGGAGAUGGGCUGUGGUUCUUUCCUUUACCAUUCUUUAUUUUCUUAUUUCGUGAACACUUUUCUCCUCAGUUUUCAUUUUUUCAGAAUAUUGUGAAUAAAGUCAACUGGUUAUGGGAGCGGUUAGUUGAUUUUGCUAUUUUCAAACACAGUUCUUUGAUUUCUAUUGCAUAUUGUCAGCUUCAGAUGUUGAAACUCAGAGAAGAAAAAAUUCAGUAUACCUGCAUCCUCAGAUAUGCCACUUUACAGUUUCCAUGCUGCAUGCUUGCUCCUAAUUGUUUUCUUGGAGAGCUUAUAGGUUUUAUAUAAGCCCACCGAAAUAGUAGAACAAUGCUGGCUAUUGAGGAAGGGUGCUUUCAUCAGCAGUGCAAGCAGCCUGCAGGAAUAUUGCCCAUGCCAUGCAGAAUGGCUGCUGUUCUGGAAAUCCUGAUUAUACCUACCAUUCUUGCUUCUGGGCUGAACAUGUUCAGUUCCAGUUACUGAGCUUGCUGAUUACUCAAUACAUAUUUUUCUUGCUUCUGUAAUUUUCUAGGAAUGCUUACCAAAAGCUAUGCCAUCUUGCAGAGUCUCUGAGGUGGGUCUGCUCAUGUUCCCAAUGUCCUAAGAACUAGAAUUAUCUAAGAGAUAUUUCAAGUGACAUAAAUCAAGCACAACAAAUAUUUGCUUCCCAAAGUAUGUUUCUACUUUGAUGGAUAGGGAACAAGUGCGUGCAGAUUUAUGCUAAACCUGACCUGUUCAGCACACCAUUUUACGCUUUUAAAAAUAAGUGGAUUUAGAUUUUAUUUUGACUGUUCUUCGGCAACUUUGCUUACUGAAAUCUAGAUAAGAUUUUUGUGUUAAAAUGUUUAAGAAUUUAAGCGAAAGUUUGUUAUUUGUUGCUGCUGCUGCUUUUAGAGAUUCUGCAUCUUCAUCAUUCCACUAUGAAAAUGUUUCUUAAAAGAUAAAGGGAGACUGAAGUUCUCAGUGGAUGGUGGAUUUGAAGCCGCAGAUCCAUUCCUGCAUAAUAACAAACAUUUUUGCAAAGUCUCUGGAAAAGUGGUAUGGUUUUUAAGACAACAGCAGCUGAAGGAGGAAUUUAAUUAUUUUACUUGGAGCUCAGAUACUAGCAUGUCUGAUGACACCUAAUCCACAAUAGCAGCUUGUAGUUCUAAAACAAGUAAGGAGUGAGAGACGGCUGCCAAAGAGGGCUCCCCCCGCACCAGAACAGAAAUUGAGACUCUCUUGCCCACCUUUGGGGGCUUGGAAGACAGUUUUGGAAAUAUCAGCACAGCUUUUGCUGAGAUAACUGUUAAGCGUCAUUUUCAAAGGCUCCAAAAAGAAAGCAGUUCUGGGUGUUCUCAUUUAUGGUUUUAAUGAGCGUUUGGAACAGGAUAUGACAGGUGUUUAUGGCUUGCAGAUAUAUUUGAUUUGAAGGUCCCCCAGGGGUGUGGAUUUGAGUAUACUCAUUGAGUUAACUUUUCCACUGGAGUGGCAAGCGGGACUUAAUGACAUAUUGUAGUUAGCAUUCAAAAACAAUAUAAGGCACUUAUUCCUAGACGUAAAGUGAAAACCUUCCUUACCAAUGAGGAUCAGCACAGUAUUUCAAGACUGAUCUGCUGGGCUGUUUCAUUGCAGGGAACAAUUUUCAUUGAAGUGGGUCAUUGAAUCCUUAAGAUACUUAGGUGUACAAAUACCUACUCAGUUGUCAAAACUGUAAUUUCAUACUACAGGCAACCACCACCUCAACCCCCUGGAGAAGGAGAAUGUGGAAUAUGAUGCUUUUGAAUGAACUAGUUAACGUGACUUUUUUCAUAAGCAUAACUGAGAGUCUGUUCCAUGUUCAAAAUAUUUUAAGACACUGUAGGCUUUUUUGACGAGUAGGAAUAAAUUAAAUAUUUUGGACUGGAGGUUCUGAAUGUGGCUCUCCCAGACAUCCCUUUAGUGUGCACCAAGUUCCCUCACCAUCCCUUCUUUUUUAUUAUUAUUAAUUGGGAUUCCUUGGCGCUUGCUAAUCCUUUCUGCCUCCACACCCCAUGUAGACUAGGACCUGGGUAGCCAGCACUGAAAUCCUGCCCUGGGCCAGUCACUGUCUUAGUCUAACCUGCCUCACAAGGCUGUUGUGACAAAGAUUAGACGGGGGGAGAAACCUUGUGCUCAUUAAAGGAAAAGUGAAAUACGUAGAAUGAAUAAAUAAAAAUUCUUUAUAGGAUUAGAAUGGAAGAGAGCGUAGCAGGUGGCGGAAGCCUGUGCAUCUUAGCCUCCCGCAACAUUUCCAGCAAAGCACACCUGCUACUGCCUAGUAAUUCUGAGGGAUCAGGGAAUGACCAGGAGUGCUUUGCUUAGAGGUGGGGACAGGUAUC